AUGAUUUCGGGGCGAGGAACAGCUGGCGCUCGGGGUAGGAUUCGCCCCCCUCGUCGCAUUGUGCGCCCAAGCGAGGCUGGCGAAGGCUCCGACUUUGAAGCGUGCUGGAAAAUGCUUAAAGAAGCACUCAACGACAUCCACAUGAAAAACUGCAGUCGGCUAUCUUUCGAAGAACUCUACCGAGCAGCGUAUAAAAUCGUUCUUAAGAAGAAGGGAGAGGUUCUGUACGAGAGAGUCAAGACUUUCGAGGAGCAGUGGUUUGCCGAACAUGUUAUUCCCCGAAUCCGAGAGUUGUUCAGUAAAAGUCUGAUCAAUAUUGGAGGCGAACGAACCUCGGCGACAUCGGUCAACGAAAGACGACAGACUGGGGAACGGUUUCUCACGGGCAUACGCGAUCGAUGGGAAGACCACAACAUGUCCAUGAACAUGACGGCAGAUAUACUAAUGUACCUGGAUCGUGGCUAUACCCAGCUCGAGGCACAACGAGUCCCUAUUUUCGCCACCACUAUCGCGCUUUUCCGAGAGCAUAUUCUACGAUCAUCUUUGAACACCAACACCAAAGACAAGGUCGUCGAUAUUCUGAUAUCGGUCUUGCUUGACCAGAUUGACAUGGAGCGCGAAGGAGACAUCGUCGACAGAAACCUUAUUCGAAGCUGCACCCGUAUGCUUAGUAGCCUUUACGAGACCGAAGACGAGAAAGACAGUGACAAACUCUACACCACAGUUUUCGAACCCCGUUUCCUUGAGCAUAGCAGAGUCUAUUAUGCUGCUGAGUGCGAGAAACUGCUACGCGAAGCAGACGCCGGAGCUUGGCUGCGGCACACUCAAAUGAGACUAAACCAGGAAAUUGAUCGCUGUCGAACCACGAUAGAGAUGGAGACGUUGCAAAGAGUCACAUCGACCAUCGAUGAAGAAUUGAUAACCAAGCACUUGGGUGAAUUUCUGGCUCUGGAAGGAAGUGGAUUGAAGUGGAUGAUCGACAACGACAAGACCGAAGAGCUCUCUAUUCUCUACAAACUCAUUUCUAGAGUGGACUCUACAAAGGAAGCGCUCAGAGUUAUUUUGCAACGUCGCGUGGUUGAGCUUGGACUCGAAAUCGAAAAGGUCCUGAAGAACACUGAUUUCUCGACCGGCCAAGGCGAGGGCGAUGAAGGAGGUGAGGGCGAAAAGACAAAGACACUAAACCCUGCUGCUCAGCAGACUGCGGCUGCAAUCAAAUGGGUGGAUGAUGUACUUCGCCUCAAGGACAAGUUUGAUAAUCUUUGGACUACUUGCUUCCAGGAUGAUCUUAUUAUUCAAAGCGCUCUCACCAAGAGCUUUUCCGACUUCAUCAAUCUGUUCAACCGGAGCUCUGAAUAUGUGUCACUGUUUAUUGAUGAUAACCUCAAAAGAGGUAUCAAGGGCAAGACAGAAGCAGAGGUGGAUACUGUUUUGGAGAAGGCCAUCGUCUUAAUCCGGUAUCUCCAAGAUAGAGACUUGUUUCAGACAUAUUAUCAGAGACACCUGGCCAGACGACUCCUUCAUGGCAAGUCUGAAAGCCACGAUGUUGAAAAGCAAAUCAUCUCUCGAAUGAAGCAAGAACUUGGACAGCAGUUCACUAGCAAGUUUGAAGGCAUGUUCAGAGAUCUGGUCACGUCUACGGAGCUGACUGCUGGCUACCGUGACCACAUCCGUGAUGUUGGAGACGGUAGUAAGACUACGGACCUCAAUAUCAAUGUUCUUACCACGAACUAUUGGCCGCCUGAGGUCAUGGGUCGUUCUUCGCAGAUUGGCGAGGGUUCUCGUGUUACGUGCACAUACCCGCCUGAAUUGCAACGACUGCAGGCGAGCUUCGAGCAAUUCUAUCUGACGAACCGUAACGGACGUAAACUUACCUGGAUCGGCACAACUGGUAGUUCUGACAUCAAAUGUACUUUCCCGGCCAUCCCUGGAAAGUCUGGCACGCUAUCGCGAGAGCGGAGAUAUGAAAUCAAUGUGCCGACGUUUGCCAUGGUUGUCCUGCUCCUCUUCAACGAUUUGGAAGAUGGCGAAUCAUUAACAUUUGAGGAGAUUCAAGCCAAGACCAACAUCUCGAACCAGGAUCUUAUGAGGACUUUGACCGCGAUUGCGGUAGCUCCCAAAUCUCGCGUUUUGCUCAAGGAUCCGGCCAAUAAAUCGGUAAAACCUGGUGACAAGUUUACUUUCAACGCAUCUUUCCAAAGCAAGACUAUUCGCAUCAAAGCGCCCAUUAUCAACGCGGUGUCAAAGGUAGAAGACACGACGGAGAGAAAGACCACCGAGGAGAAGAACAAUCAAACCCGGGCUCACAUUGUUGAUGCAGCGAUUGUGAGGAUCAUGAAGUCUCGGAAGGAACUUCCACAUUCUCAGUUAACUAGCGAAGUUCUCUCUCAACUCUCGGGUCGCUUCAAACCUGAAGUGUCGCUUAUUAAAAAGCGAAUCGAAGAUCUUAUCGCUAGAGAAUACCUCGAGCGUCCGGAUGAAGAUGGCUCACCCUCUUUGUAUCGUUACGUAGCAUAG